AUGACAACUUUGUCAGCAAUCGCAGACUUCAACUCCCUCCCACCACCUGACUUCAACUCCAUCAUAUCCCUCCUCUUCGAGCCCGCCCCACCGCUAGCCAAAGCUCUCUACGCAGCUCGUCCGUUCGACAGCUAUGACCACCUUCUCCAGCAAACCGACGCCAUCCUCCACAAACUCUCGCCAGAGGACAAACUCAUAGUGAUCAACGCGCACCCUCGAAUUGGAGAGAAGAAGACAAACCUGUCUGCAAUGUCGCUAAAAGAACAGGGGUACACCAGCGCCACAGCACAGCAGCCGAACGAAGAGGAUCCACAGGUCAUGGCAAGGCUGAAGGAGCUGAACAACGAGUACGAAGCCAAGUAUGGCUUCAAGUUUGUUGUGUUUGUCAACGGUAGGAGCAAGAAGGAGAUUGUGCCUGUCAUGGAACAACGGCUGAAGGAUGGGAAGAAGGAGAGGGAAAUGGAGACGGGAUUGAGGGAUAUGGUUAGUAUAGCCCGUGAUAGAUUAGGGAAGCAUCAGAGGUAG